AUGGAACAACAACAACAACCAUUACAAUUACAAUUUUUACAAUUAUCUACAGAAAUUUCUCAACCAUUUAUAAUUCCAAAUAUUUCACCAAUAUCAAGUCCGAAAUUACUUGCUAAAUCAUCAAUUGAAGAAAAUAAAAUUGGAAAAUUACCUAAAAUGGGUUCAAAUGUAUUAUCACCAUUAGUAGUAAUUGCUGAAGAAGUAGAAGAACAAAAUCAAAAUCAAAACCAAGGUCAAGAAGAAUUGAUUAUUGAUGAUGGUGAAUUAAUAUCAACUAGAAAAUUAUCUAUACUUGAUUUAAAUUAA